AUGACUAGGCAACCGGGUGCCAUUCUGUUGCACCAGGGCCGUGCAAUGGAACCUCAGCUGGAGCGGACGGAGUCGAAUAUCAAGAGUGGUUCUUUUGCCAGCGCGGAGGGGCCCAAGGCUAUCAAACGCGCCUCGUCUGCACACACUAUAAAGGGCUUUGAGAGUAGUACUCAACUUGGUCCAAACCACCCUUACCAUCACUCCGACUCGUACGUUAACCAACGCUAUUCGCUGCGCUACCUGUAG